AUGGCGUUCCGCGAACUGUACCUCGCCACGUUCAAUACUUCUCCAAAUCAAUCAAAGCAUUUUGCGAUAUUUGUUCCCAAUGAAAAUGACCGUCAGAAAGGCACACUCAUUCAUGUCGUCGGGGCUCCAGGGACCGGAUAUGGACAUGUAUUCGAGCGGAAUUACAACCCUUUCACCAACAAAUCACUGAAUACAAUCACGCUGGUUGGACAUAUUGAUGCACACCAUGUUGUCGACCCGCAAACCACACAACCAUCCAAGGACAAUAUCCCAAGGGGAGACUUAGAGGUCGUUGCACACUACAUUCCUCCACCAUCGGCUUGGAACUUUCUAGCUCCAAAGGGCGGCCUUGUCAGGAGAUGCCAGGAGUGGACUUGGGACUUUGUUACAAAGCUUGUUGCAAAACGAUAUAUAACUGGGCAAGCUCAGGAGAUUGUGAGUUCUCAUUUUGAUCCUCUCAUUUACGGCCUCGACCCGCAGGCUGCUGGAAGAGGGGUGCAUGAAGUAGGGGCCGUCGGGGGUAGAUUUGGCGGAGGGCUACAGCGAGGUCUGUGA